AUUAAAUCUAAUUCGUUUCACGAUAGCUAUCCUCAUAGCACAAACAUCCUAGAUAGGUUGAUUAUAAGGGGAAAAAAUCAGAAAUCUGAUUAAUGUGUUUUAAGUUUGUGGAGAGUUAUAAAUAGGUCCUCAGCCACAUUCCUUCCUCAUCAUCUAAACAAACUUACUUUUCCUAUGCGACAAUGUAUCAAAGUAAUAUGCGCGGUCGAGUCCUUUCUCUCUUGCUGCUGAUUCUUCUUAUUGCAGUCGAAAUCCACGCAACCGUUGUUUUGUCGCCGGCUCCUCAGCCUCAACCACCCAACUCUUUUUCCAUGUACGGAGCAACUCCUGGCAGCCUCCAUCCUCAAGAAUGUGGGGGACGAUGCAAGACGAGAUGCUCGAAAACAGUGUUCAAGAAGCCGUGUAUGUUUUUCUGUGAAAAAUGUUGUGCAACAUGCCUGUGUGUGCCUCCGGGGACUUAUGGGAACAAGCAGCUGUGCCCUUGUUACAAUAAUUGGAAGACUAAGAGAGGAGGACCCAAAUGCCCUUGAUUACUCACUAUAGCAGUAUUUUUUUUAUUGAAUUAUCUGUCUUUUGGUGUUUGUAAACUGCUUUGUUUAACCUAAACACUCUUUAUCCAUUAUCCAUUUAAGACGCCUUAUUUCGACUAAAUUAAUUUGCAUUUA